GGUUAUAUUAUUUUAUACGAAUAUUUCUUAAUAUGUCAAACUUUGAGAAUGAGCCAAAUGCAUCAGGAAGCCCCCAAGAUCAAAGAAACUUUCAACAUUUUGAAAAGGAAAUUCAGGAAGAUCAUCCUGAGCAGAAUCGGCAGAUUUCCUCCCAGCUGGAUUACUUCCACAGUCAUUCUUGACAAGGUCUGAGUCCCCAGGUAGCAGAUAAAGUUGCUAAGGCGAGGAGCGUUUACAAAACACCGAAGAAGAAUAGGAACCAAGGGUUCUUCUUGUCGAAUGGUCAGAGACCUUUCACCGCUCGGGUUAAUAAACUUCAUAAAAAGAAGAAGCAACAUUUUUCUUCUGAACAGCGUAAAAUGAAUAUUCUGAAAAUAGUAAAAUAAGCAAACUAAUCUGGCAAUAAUCAGAGAGAGUAUUGAAAAAGAAUCCCAAGGAAUAACCUCGAAUGAAGUUAAUACCAUCAUGAAACCUUCCCGGACGUCGAAUCUACCAAACAAGAGGAAGAAGAGAGCACAGUCUCAAGGCAAACCUUCCUUAUGAGGAAGGGAUUUUGAAGGGCUAUAUCUUCAGAGCUCAGAAAAUUAUUUGAACAAUGAUAUGCAUUUCCUUUACCAAGGUGGGACACCUAUCAAUAUGCCUGAAGAGAAGAAUAAUUGUAAACCCCUUCCUUUGGCAGUGGCGAAAAUUAAUUUCCAAUCUGAAAUAAAACCUACCAAGUCUCAACGUGGUUUUUACGAUUCUAAAUACUGAUCUGUUAAUAGUAGAAUUGAUCAUAAGCAAGAGAGUAAGAAGAAGAAGUGCUCAAUCAUAAAUUGUACUCCAUUUAAAGGAAAAUCAAUCAAAAAGAGAGUAGGAACAGCUAUUUCGCCUCAUACAGACACUAAACCAUUCCUAAAACGUAUUGCAUCAAACUCUAAGCCGUAUGUUGAUAAGCGGAAUUAUGGCCGGACUCUUUUGCCGAAUAAAAGUAAUAUACCGUCUCUGACCAGAAAGUUAUGUACGAAUAGUAAGAGCUUAUUCACGAAAGACCAACUCUCAGACCUAAUAAACAAAAGAAGGGUAGAGAAAGUAUUUGAAUCCAUUCCUCCCUGUAAAACCCUGUUUCCGAAGAGAUCAAAAUCAAAGAGAUCCCUGAAGUCUAUUAGAAGAAAGAUAAGCCAGUUUAUUAAGUCUGAUAGUUUGUUGACUCCUCUGAAAAAUGAUUAUAUUACUAAGAAUUUACCCAGUAGGGCUACCCUGAUGAGCUCUAUGAAAGCAGAUAAUCAGUCAUUUAAACUUUCUCAGAACAGGAUCAACUUGCAGAUUGCGGCCAGUAAUGUCACUGAAGAUCAGAACUUUCAUGGUUAG